GGUGAGAAGGACCCUCCACCACCCCCUACACAUGACCUUCAGACAGUUCAAUUUUCGCUCGACACAAGAGUUUCCACAAAGACAAAGGCGAAGAUUUGGGAUAAUGAAUUUUUAGAGUUUGGUAUUCUAUUAAGCAAUCCCUGGUCAGAGGACAAAUAUCAGUUAAGUGUCUCAUCAGGUAGUGGGGGCCGGCAGCCCUCAAUUUGUCUAGAGCCCACUACUCUGCCUAAACGGAAUCUGACUAUGGAGAUGUGGGCAUCAGCCUUCAGAAUUUUUGUGGCGGUUUAUACCCAGAAAUAUCCCAAUGAGGCCCCAGCCCUCAUGAAAUAUGGGGAAACGAUCCAUGAUUUGGCUAAUCGUGGCCACAAUUGGCGUUAUUAUGAUGAAACAUUCCGUACGCUGCGCCAGGUAAACCCCUCCCUGUUCCCAUGGGCCAAUAUCCAUUCCGAAUUGUGGCUUCGGUCACAUGUUUCGGUAACUAAACCUGCCAGUACCGGAAGAAUUCCAAACAAAUCACACCAGGCUAUCCCAAAAGGUUUCUGUUACCGUUUCCACAGUGGCAAGGCAUGUUCGGGUUGCGACUUCAAGCAUGCAUGUUAUCUCUGCAGUGCUGGUAGCCACCCUGCCACUAAAUGUUUUCGUCCCCAACGGCAACAACCGGGAGGACAAUCGGAACAUGCCAGGCCCCAAUCUUCCAACCCCGGUAAAAAGUGAACGUUUUUUUGCAUUCACUUUCUGGGUAUGAACCAGCCAUUUUUGCUUAUCUGUCUAAGGGUUUCAAUUCAGGUUUUUCCUUGCAUUUUGAAGGCACAUUAGAACCCCUUGAAUCUCAGAACCUGCUUUCGGCUUCGGAACAUCCUGAAAUUGUUGAUGCCAAGGUCUUCAAAGAGCUGGAGGCCCAUAGGCUUGCAGGUCCCUUUGCAAUCCCACCAUUUUCACCCUUUCGGGUAUCACCGUUGGGGGUUGUACCUAAGAAAACACCCGGUGAAUUUAGGCUUAUACAUCAUCUUUCUUUCCCUAAAGGGAUUUCUAUCAAUGAUGGCAUAAUGCCAGCUAAUACAAGCGUCCGUUAUGCCACUAUCGAGGACGCAAUUCGAUUUAUUCGGCAUAAUGGUACCAGCUGUUAUCUUGCUAAGACUGACAUAAAGAAUGCAUUUCGCAUAAUUCCUAUCGAUCCUAAGGACUACCCCUUGUUGGGUUUUAAAUGGAGAGACUCUUACUAUUAUGAUCGAUGCAUGCCUAUGGGUUGUUCCAGCUCCUGUAAAACGUUUGAAACCUUUAGUACGGCUGUGGAAUGGAUAGCUAGGAACAAAUUACAUAUACAUUCAAUCCUCCACCUUCUUGAUGACUUUUUGAUCAUAGCCCCUACCGAAGAUCUAUGUAGGGCGCAACUACAACUUUUUCUGGACCUAUGUAACUAUCUGGGUAUUCCCAUAGCACCAGAGAAAACAAUGGGACCUGCCACUACUUUGCAGUUUGCGGGUAUUGAACUUGAUACCCAAAUGUUAGUGGCUCGCCUACCACAAGACAAAAUUGACAAGUCUAUACAGCUGAUUACUAGUUUUUUGCGCAGAAAGAAGGUGUCCCUCCAGGAGUUACAGUCGCUAAUUGGAAUGCUAAAUUUCGCAUGUUCUGUUGUCAUGCCUGGCAGGGCCUUUCUGAGGCGGCUGAUAGAUCUCACUAUUAAUGUUAGGGCCCCUCACCACAAGAUCAGACUAAAUAUAAGUGCCAAGGAGGACUUAAAAAUUUGGCUGUCUUUUCUUCAGAAUUUCAAUUGCAAGUCAUUUUUCCUUGACGAGCACUGGGUGAGCUCACCUAAACUUCGGCUCUUUACUGAUGCUGCAGGCUCUCUGGGUUAUGGGGCAGUUUUUGGUGACGAAUGGUGCUAUGGGCAAUGGCCCGAUACAUGGGUAGGAAAGAAUAUCGCUAUUCUGGAAUUCUAUCCCAUUGUCCUUAGUGUACAUUUAUGGGGGCAUAGAAUGACCAACCAGUGCAUUUUAUUUUUUACUGAUAACGAAGCAUUGGUUUACGUGAUCAAUAAACAGAGCUGCCGGGAUAAAUCUCUAAUGUUUUUUGUCCGCUACUUGGUCGCCCUUUGUCUUAAACAUAAUAUUCUUUUCAGAUCAAAGCAUAUACCAGGUGUGCAUAACAUUUUAGCAGAUUCUUUAUCUCGUCUCCAGCUUCAGGUUUUCAAAGAAAAAGCCCCAGCAACAAUGCAUUCCAACCCGACGGAAAUUCCGUUGUCUCUGUUGCCACAACAUUGGGGCCCAUAGUUGAAACACUCAUGGCUUCAAGCCUUCAGCAAUCAUCCAUCCCUACCUAUAGACGGGCUUGGCGUUUAUUUAACCAGUUCCUCAGCGCUACCUUCCAGAAUUGUGCUGUACAGCUGCCCAUAUCGCCAAGUAUGGUAGCUCUUUUUAUUGCAUAUUUAUUCGAUCAUCACUAUGCCCCUUCAACUGUUCACACUUAUGUAUCUGCGCUGGGCUAUUCACAUCGUUUAUCUAAUCUUCCUGAUCCAACUAAGGUUUUUUACGUGAUCCAGAUACUCAAAGGCUAUAGCAAAAUUUGUUUUAAACUUGAUACUCGGCUCCCCAUCACCUUGCCAAUACUACAACGUUUGGUUACAGCAGCUCCUGUUAUUUGUUCCACGAAAUUUGAAUCAUGUCUUUUUCAAUCAAUGUGCUGUUUUGCCUUUUAUGCUUUCUUACGAGUUGGGGAAAUGACUCAAUCCAGUCAAACUCAGAAUACAGGAAGUCUGUUAACAAUUUUUCAACUAUCCCAACUCAAAGCGGAGACCGGUGUGGUUAAAGCUCUGAAAUUGACUUUUCAUAAUUUUAAACACAGCUACAAUCAGCGUCCCUUCUCCCUGAUAAUUCAGCGCCAGAACAGCCCUUGUCCAGUUAAUUUACUGCUGCAGUACUUAGUUUUGAGGGGUACACAUGCUGGCCCCCUAUUUUUGGACAGUUUUGGUAAUGCUGUUACUAGAGAUAAAUUCACUAACUUGCUGUCACUUGCUAUAAGACAUUCAGGUCUUAAUCCAUCAUUUUAUAAAGGGCACAGCUUUCGGAUUGGAGCUGCAUCUCAUGCGGCAGCGCAAGGGUUAUCUGAUGCACAGAUCAGGAUUAUGGGACGCUGGAAAUCUAAUGCCCUUCAGAAGUACAUACGGGUCAAUAGUCUUGUGAAUUAGUACAAUUUUUUCCUUUUAGAACUGGUCGAUUGCUGGGGAAUCCAUUGGUUCUCGAAGGCAUAUGAUGUGUACUGUAUACACUCCACUACUUGCAAGGGCGAUAGAUUGAGUGUGUGCAGUACAUCUCAUAUGUAGCAACUUGCAUAGUAGUGUAUUUCUUGCACAUCCUUGAGUUUAGGUUGAGCUACAAUCCAGACAAGGCAACUGCUUACAAGGGUAGCAGUUUGCUUGAAUCCAUUUAACUUAAAUUGUUCUCUUUUUUUGCAUAGUACUGGCAAUCACUUGCAUGGGCGGUGUCUUUGCGGUACAAUUGCUUUGUUAGUAGCUUGUUCAUAAGGGCGAAAGUCUGCCGCCUUUAUCAAAUUGGCAUUUGCUUUUCUCCUGUCACAAUACAGGAAACAUUUGCAUGGGCUGUGUCCUUGUUGUGUUGUGAUUGGAUAAUUGACAAAGCAUUUUGUUUUUGCUUUAAGUAGCAACACUAUGCGAAGGUAUGAUUGUAGCUUAUAUGUGCUAUCGUUCUCGAGUGCUGCUUUUUCCCUUGGGUGGGGCUGCAUUGUGGAUUAUCACCCACCAUGCAUUUGGCGUUGUUUGCCCUCACCUUUACUGGGCAAUUUUUAGAUUUAUCAGAGCAAAUUAUAUAUUUUGACAAAUUUUAUUAAUAAAGCGGCUUUGGGCUAACAGCCCAUAGCCAUUAUGAUUCAAA